AUGGAGCAUGAGACACAAACUGACAAGCCGCCGCAGUGCAAAGACGCUCAACCAAGUCCCCCUCCUCCGCGUCGGUCUCGGCGUCUUGCCGCGAAGCCUCUAAAGACUGCCGACGCGCCAGGGACGAUGGGCGAACCGAGGCGAAACCCAAAGCGCAAGGCUAGCGAGGCCGCCAACGAGGUGAAUCAUGCCAUCAGCAAGGAAUCUGGACAAUUACUCCUCAAUGAGGCGCUGGCGCCGCUAUCUCAGGAGGACAUCCAAGAGUGGGAGGGGUGGAUAGCCCUCGAGUCGGAGCCGGCCUUUUUCAACAUCAUUCUACGAGAUCUCGGUGUCAAGGACGUCAAGGCGCAAGAGAUUUUCACAAUUGAUCAAGAUUCUCUGGCGCUUCUACCGCAACCAGUAUACGGCUUAAUCUUUCUCUUCCAAUAUGUCCCUGGAUACGAUCAGGUGAACGAAGAGGAGGAUAUAAGUGACAUGUGGUUCGCAAACCAAACAACUGACAAUGCGUGUGCGACCGUCGCCAUGCUGAAUAUCGUCAUGAACGCCGACGGUCUUGAUCUCGGCGACAAGCUGCAAGAUUUCAAGGAAUCGACUAGACACCUCAAUACUGCCCUCCGAGGCCAUCAGCUCAGCAAGAAUACCUUCAUCCGCACCAUCCACAACUCCUUUACCCGUCGCAUGGAUCACCUUAACGCCGAUCUGUGCUUGGAAAACGAGGUUUCCGAGGCCAAGACCACAAAGGCAAGAAAGCGUGCGGCGCCACGGAAAGGGAAGAGAGCGCCCACCAGGAAGAAAAAGGUCAAGUCAGACUAUGGGUUCCAUUUCAUCGCCUACGUUCCUGCAGGCGGAUAUGUCUGGGAACUGGACGGACUUCAAAGUAAACCGAACAGGCUGGAUCCUGUACCUGAAGGUGGCGAUUGGACUACUGUCGCAAGGCCCCAAAUCGAAGGUCGGAUGCUGCAGUACGAAGAGAACCAGCUCUCCUUCAACCUCCUUGCGCUUUGUCGAAGCCCCCUUUCCGCUCACACACAAACUAUUGCACGCGCCGCUGCGUCUCUUCACCAUCUUCACACUCAAAUGCAAUCAGACUCUACCUUUUCAGACCUCACCUCCGCCGAGCCAAAUCCUCUCGACAUUAGAGAUGAGAGCCGCCUUGCCGAGUUCAAUCUCAAGCCGAAGGACAUCACCAACUUGGACAUUCCCGGAGACUUGCGAGCGAAAAUCAAGCAGCCAGACUUCGACACCAGUGCUGCUUAUGAACUGCAUCAGGAACUUGUCGUAGAAGUCAAGGCCGCAAUGGGCGAGUACCGCGCAGAACUGAUGUCCAAAGCGGAUGACGAACAACGCGUCAAGGGCCGCAAGAAAGACUUUGGUCCUGCCCUGCACAAGUGGAUGACCAAACUUGCCGAGAAGGGCGUGUUGGAGGACGUCAUCAAGGCAUCAUGA